AUGGCAAAGAAGUAAGCGUUUAUAUUGAAAUUGUGAUACAAUAUGUUAACAAAAUAAUGGAUUUUUUUAGUAUCCGGACUCUCGGCGAGCUCAACGGCGAUAAACAAGAAAGCGGACAUUCGUCUGAUGAAGAUGAGGGACGUCAGGGAUUUUUUGUGGGCGGAAGUGAACGCAGUGGCCAACAAGUUUUGGGACCAAAUGGGGGAGAUGACAUUGCUGAUCGUGUUUUCAAGUCGGCUCAACGUCAUGGAGCUGAGAGUUUGAGUUCCGAAGAAGUCGAUCGAUUCAGAGACGGGGCUGUUGAUACCGAAGGUGUUCGUCUUGGCGGUCAUGGGCAGAGUUCUUUGACGGCCCAGAGUAAUAAUGUCGAGAGAGUUCAUGUCAUCUUCUGGCAAGAUGGCUUUAGUGUGGAUGAUGGACCGUUGAGAACCUUUGCUGAUCCUGCUUCUCUCGAGUUUAUCAAAGCUUUAGAUCGUGGUCAAAUUCCUUCUGAACUGCAGCAAAAGCAUCGUUACAAGCAGAUUGAUCUUCAUCUGGAGCGACGGGCUACUCCUUAUGUGAAGCCAAAGGCUAAGCCAUUCUCUUCGACCGGCGUCAGAUUGGGAGCUGUAGUUCCAGCGAUUGUCGGCGAGCAACCUGUUAUUACUACCGAGAAAAACCCAGAUGGUAAGACUUAUUUAUUUUUUAUUGUUCUGGCUUUAGAAUCUAAAAAAUUGCUGGAGGAAGCGCAGAACAAUGUUGGACUAAAGGAAGGCGAACCAACUGGUAGAAUUCAGGUUCGACAACCAAAUGGGGAGCGAUUGAUUGGGACCUUUAAUCCCUCGCACACAGUUGAGGAUGUUCGAUCUUUCAUUGUAACGUGAGUAGUUAUAAUUAUAAUUCUCCUGUUUAUUUCUUCAGUUUGUAAGCUUUAUUGUUUUAGUGCUCUGCCUGACUGGUCUUUCCAUCCGUUCCAGUUGUUCACCACUUUUCCCAACAAAUUGAUCGAUGAUGAGAGCAAAACGGUCAAGGAAACAGAUAUUCUGAAUGCGGUCGUGGUGAUCAAACCUGUAUCAUAA